UUAAUAUUUUUUUUUCUUUUCUUUUGAGAAAGAAUUCGAUAAAAAUUUAACCAUCUCAAUCAGUUCGCUCAUUUACAGAAUGCAGCAGUUAUGCAGUUGCAUUAUUACCAUUACUAUCCAAAAAUUAGUAUGUAAAAGAAUGAAUGAUUGACAACCGUCCUUAAUUUAGCCAAGUAAACCAAGAAAUCCUUGGCAAACAAUGGGAAUUUCAUUCAACAAUGAUAUAUUUAUUAUAUAUAUGAGCCCAGAAAAUGCCAGAAAUAAAAAAAACGCAAGUUUUAAUUUCUUAAAAAACCAAAAAAAAAUAAUAAUAAUAAUAAUAAUUUAUCAAUACAUUUUUCAUUAAUUUUCACACUACACAUAUUAUUAUAAGUUUUAUAACCAUGACUAACCCAACUUACGAAAGUAAAGUAAGCAUUAAGGAUGUUAAUUCUGAAACACAAAAUAAAUUAAACGUUGAUGUUGAAACUCCACCACCACCUUAUGAAGCAGGCGGAAGUGCAACAUCUUCAACUUCUUCAAAGGUUGAUAAUAAUCAAAAUACAAACUUAAAACAAAUUGAACCUGUCGUGCAACAUGAUUAUUAUGGUUAUAAUUCACCUCAACAACAAGAAUAUUUUCAACAAGAUGGAUCAACUAUAGUUUAUAUUGAAGGGAAUAAUAAUUAUAAUGUGCCCAGAGACCAAUAUCAUCAGCAGCAACAGAAAAAGAAGAGAACGUGCAUAGAAAAAUAUUGGGGACCUGUUAUUAAUCCAGAUGCUUGGAAAAGUCUUUUAUAUUUCUUGUUUAUCGCGCCGGUUAUUGCUUUAUUUUCUGGUAUCUGGUGUGGAACAAUGCUAUUAUUCGCCAUUGUUUCUUUAAUUUUUCCCCCACUCGGAUUCUUUUUUUGUAUUGGAACGGCUUUGUCUUAUAGAGCACUUGGUCGUCUUGAAUUAAUCGCCGCAACAAUGUGCACAAGUAAACAUAAACCCUCACACAUGUAUCCACCGGUUUUCCGUACAUCAGCUCAAGUCGCUUCUCACACUCAAACCGACGGAGGCAUUUUACGAUAUGGUAUAAGAAUUUGUUUGGAUGAAUACACUUGGAUGUGUUUCGUUUAUUUCGUAUUUGUUAAUGUCAUAUGCACCGCAGUCGCCUGGGUUUUAGUAUUCUUUUUUUUUACAUUAGCAUUCAGUCCUAUAAUGAUAGUGGCCAUGCCUGUGAUGUGUAGAAUAUGUUUAGCAUUUGGUAAAGCGAAAGUAAAAAUGAGCGAAAACAUCUUAAUUAAAGUGUAAUAUACUAUAGAUUUUUUUUUCUUGUAUUUUUUUGUUUAUAAAACCUGUAUUUUAAAUAUUUUGAUUAAUUAAGUUAUAUAAUAUACAUAAUAAAUUUUUAUAAAAUUAAAGGUAUGAAGUUAAUCAUAUUGAGAAAAAAAAAAUUUUUAGAAAUUUUAAAUUAUCCUAAACAGAGAUAAAUUUCUUGAUACACAGUAUAAGUAAUAUAAUAAAUCGAGAAAAACAAUUAUAAUAUUUAAAAAAAU